UAUUUAUUCCUUGUCUCCUGGGAUAAAUCUCUUCUGCCUAUUGUCCUCCCAGUUCUCAGUGCUGAUGCUUAAUUUUCAAAACUUCUAUAUUACCAAGGGACCUACGACAUCAGCCAAAGAAAUACUCAGCAAGUACAAAAUCUGUUCCAGGGAGCUGCUUUUGUGCAGAGGGAAAAUUUUGUUCCUACAGGUUUUUAAGUUGGUACGAGGCAAGGAGCUAUCUGAUCCGGGCAAAGCCAUUACAAUUUAGAUCUCUAUCUAUAGAACAUUUUUUUUCCUUAAAAAAAAAUUGGAAAAUACAAGAAGUUUGGAUUUUUUUCCCGAUUCUUUUUUUGGAGGGGGAAAUUGCAUCGUAAGCUUUCGGAGAAACCCAACAUGUCAACUACCUUUCCGGGACUAGUCCACGAUGCCGAGAUACGUCACGACGGAUCAAACAGCUACCGUUUGAUGCAGCUUGGCUGUCUGGAGUCCGUAGCCAAUUCCACUGUCGCCUAUUCCUCCUCCUCUCCUUUAACUUACUCCACCACCGGCACAGAGUUUGCGUCCCCCUACUUCUCCACUAACCACCAGUAUACCCCGCUCCACCACCAGUCCUUCCAUUACGAAUUUCAGCACAGCCACCCGGCCGUCACCCCCGACGCCUACUCUCUGAACUCGCUCCACCACUCUCAACAGUACUACCAGCAGAUCCACCACGGGGAGCCCACCGACUUUAUUAACCUGCACAAUGCGCGGGCGCUCAAGUCGUCCUGCCUGGACGAGCAGAGGCGGGAGCUGGGCUGCCUCGAUGCCUACCGCCGCCACGACCUGUCCCUCAUGAGCCAUGGCUCUCAGUAUGGAAUGCAUCCAGAUCAAAGACUCCUGCCAGGGCCCAGCCUGGGGCUGGCCGCCGCGGGAGCAGACGACUUGCAGGGCUCCGUGGAAGCCCAGUGUGGGCUUGUUCUCAAUGGUCAAGGUGGAGUGAUAAGAAGAGGUGGCACCUGUGUGGUCAACCCCACAGACUUGUUUUGCUCUGUCCCUGGCCGUUUGUCCCUUCUCAGUUCAACUUCCAAAUACAAGGUGACCAUUGCUGAGGUGAAGAGGCGCCUCUCACCACCCGAAUGCCUCAAUGCUUCACUGUUGGGAGGCAUUUUGAGAAGAGCAAAAUCCAAGAAUGGGGGUCGCUGCCUGAGAGAGAAACUGGAUAGGCUUGGCCUGAAUUUACCAGCAGGAAGACGGAAAGCAGCCAAUGUUACCCUCCUUACUUCCUUAGUUGAAGGGGAAGCUUUGCACUUGGCUCGGGAUUUUGGCUACACUUGUGAAACAGAGUUUCCAGCCAAAGCUGUAGGAGAACAUCUUGCCAGACAACAUAUGGAACAGAAAGAACAGACAGCAAGAAAAAAGAUGAUCCUAGCGACCAAACAAAUUUGUAAAGAAUUCCAAGACCUCUUGAGCCAAGAUAGAUCACCACUGGGAUCCUCCAGACCCACUCCAAUCCUAGACCUUGACAUCCAGAGACACUUAACACAUUUCAGUUUGAUCACUCAUGGCUUUGGGACUCCAGCAAUAUGUGCAGCCCUAAGCACUUUCCAAACAGUCCUCAGUGAAAUGCUGAACUACUUGGAAAAACACACUACCCACAAAAAUGGCGGAGCGGCGGAUUCUGGCCAAGGACAUGCCAACUCGGAGAAAGCCCCCCUGCGGAAAACUUCAGAGGCUGCCGUGAAAGAGGGCAAAACAGAAAAGACAGACUAGCUACAUCAAACAGAAUCUAUUUCUAGAGAGUCUUGCUGCUGAUAUUUUUUCUAAUAUAUAUAUCAUUGAGGGUGAUUAAUCUUCAGUGGACCAAAUCUCUACCCUCCCCCAACCCUCCAUAAAAAAAAUAAAAAUGGAAAUGAAAAAUGAAACAAAAAGGACAACCCCCCCCAAAAAAAAGAAAAAAAAAGGAAAACAGCAGUGUAACCGUGUGAUGAAAUUGUCACUUUUUAAUUUUAUGUUAUGAUAAACUUUUUGUGCACGUAAUUUAUUGUUCCGGAUUAUAUACAUCACAGUUUUUAAGCACUUCUGGACUCUGGAGAGGCAGCACAUGCUUUUUCACAUCUAACGAUGCACUUUCUUAUCCAACUAUGUAGUUAGGGAUUAGAAAGCAUGACCAACUGGAAUCCAUCACCAGUGCUUACAGCUCCAGUCUUUCUUCACUUAAUUCCCUGAUAACAGAAGAGUGCCUCUUUCCAUUAAAUAGACCAGUCUGGCAAUCAAUCCAUCAAUAAAUGCUUUGGGAACUGAAAAGGGCAGUCAUGAAUCUUUGUCCUGUGAAUUGACAGAAAUUCUAAAAUUUUGGUCACCCCACUUAUAUUUUGGUUAAGCCCACUUAACUACCAGUGCCUUGGUGGUAUUUCAAAAUUCCAGAAAACUCUGCCCUCUUUAUGUAUGACCAUUCCCACCCCACCCUAAGAUCUACCCCCACUCCAUAACUAAGAAGGCACAGCAUAAUAUUGAAGAGAUAAGAGAUGAACUCUUCCAUUCAUUUUCUUUGCAUCCCCAGCCUAAGAGUUCAAGGAAGUAGACUGCACUUAGUGGCUCUUGGCAGGAUGGCUAAAGGAAAGGGUAGCUUUGCUGCUUUUGGGCUCCUGAAGGAGAAGCAGUGGUAUUGUGUUGCCUGGAAAAGCAUGGAAAUAAGAACAGUGAUGUUUCCAGGAAUCCUUGCCCCUCAGAGAGAGGAGAGGAGCCCAAGGGACUAGUGGAGGCUCCUUGAAGUGCUGGUGGCCAAUGAUUGUAUGGUUAAAAUAUGAGCCGUUUUUUUCUACCUUUGUGCUUCUUCUACAUGCCUGAUGGCUGUGUUCUAAACCUUUAGAGGCACAGAAGCAUUCGGAUCUGUGUUCAAUAAAGAAAACAAAACCAGAAUGAUCAGAGAAGACUUUUGCUUUUAAGAUGCCUCCUUUUUUUAUAGCUUGUUCUGUACCUUCAUUGUCCUUUAGUUAAGACACUGAAAACGAGGUUCCUGGCUGCAAAGGCUAGGGGCUAAUUGAAUGAAAGUUUGGUCCAUUUAAACCUGAACGUGUCAAGAAACCUGAUUCAUACCACACUGUACUGACCUUUCUAUUGUUAACAAGUGUCAAACUUCUAGGCAAAUAAAGAUGUAGGUCAUCGUCUAUGAAAAAAAUUAUUUUAAUAAUAUAUGGACUCCUGAUACUAAGGUUAGCAUGAAAAUAUUGUCCUCUUCUUAACACAUUUCAAUUACUUUCAAAAAGUCUCUGUUGUAUUAUAACCCCAUGGGGAAUAUUACUAUUAUUUUUAAUUGAGAAGAAAUUGCUCAAGAUUUUUCAUGUAGAGCACACAAGAUAUUUUUACCUAAUAAUAAUUCUUAAAGUUAUUUGACCUUUAUCUUCAAUCUUGUACAGAAAAGGAGAACAAUAAUCAAUGAAAAUCUAAAUUUUCUAGACUAAAUUCAAUUAACAGAAGACACUACUAAGGCAUUCUAUAAUAAAGGGGUUUUAUAGUUAUACUGUAGAAGAGCUUAAAAUAAAUGUAACAGUAAUGAGUUGUGA